GUGACAGACAUAGGAGAUGCAAUGAUCUUGAAGCGACUAUUUGAAGAAUUGUUCUCCCGUGGAGUGAUAAUGGUAGCCACGAGCAAUCGCCCCCCUGAUGACCUCUACAAAAAUGGUCUCCAACGUUCCAACUUUCUUCCUUUUAUUGCCAUGAUGAAAGGCAGGUGCAAGGUUGUGUCCUUGGACUCAGGCAUUGAUUAUCGUCUCCAAGGAGCCAAAGAUACGACAAAGAAAUUGGAGACCUUGUUCAAAGCCCUAGCUGCUCAGGAGACAGAUAGGGUGAGACCCCGCACCCUGACCAUCAAAGGGCGACAUGUGACUCUCUCUCGCACCUGUGGCCAACUAGCUGAUUGCACUUUUGCUGAGCUCUGUGAUCAAGCCUUGGGUGCUAUUGACUACCUUCAUCUCAGUCAUAUGUUCCAUACUCUGUUCAUCCGUGACAUCCCAAUCCUCAACCAGCGUCUCAAGUCCCAGGCCAGGCGGUUCAUCACCCUCAUUGAUACCCUGUAUGAUAAUCGUGUGAGAAUCAUUUGCUCUGCUGCAGCAACACCUGAUGGUCUUUUUGUACCUGACAACAAAGAUGAGUUUGCUGAUGAACAUCGGGUACUCUUUGAUGAUCUUGGCCUUUCUGUCGGAUCCCUGUUUGGACUGGAUAAGCUGGCCCACCAGAAACGGCUGGAGGCAGCUGAUGCCGAACGACAGCGGAAGAGUCGCCAUUACAGAGAGGGCCAAGCCGAAACACCAUCGUACACAGGGGGCGUAUCGGAGGAGGCAAUGCGGCGACGCCGAAGAAGGGAAGAGGAAAGAGACAGACACAGGGGCAUCGCAGCGCAGACACGGAAAGAUGGAGUUCACCAUCACUCACGAAGCUCAUCAAGGCGUGAUGAGUCCACCCGAACUCCAAAAUUUCGUGAUGAACCCCAUACACCUCUAAUGCCAGUGAAGGAUGCCCCUAGUCGAAGUUCGUGGGAUGAUGAUGACCCAACACCCCCAAAAAGAUCAACAUGGGACCUGCCUACCCCUACAAUAUACUCCAGAAAAGAGCCAUCAUCUCGACGACUCAAGGAAACACCCUUGCCAACUCCCUCAUAUAAAAAGAAUCCAUGGAUGCGCAGUACAGACGAUGUUUCCACCCGUGGAGACAAUCCCGAGAUCCGGCAGCUAUGGGAGGAUGAGCAGCGACGGCUUGACCGUGAAUGGUACAAUUUGGACGAGGGUUAUGAUGAGACACAUAAUCCAUUUGAUGAUGUGAGCCAAGAGUAUGUCGAGAAGAAGGAGAAGCAGUUGGAAUCACGCAAGAACAAGCGAAUGUCGGCCAUGCAGCGUCAGAUCAAUAAGGACAAUGAGCGCUGGGAAACCAAUCGGAUGCUUCGUUCUGGUGUUGUCUUGCAGAAGAAUUUUGAUGAAGACUUCGAGGAAGAGGGCGAGGCACGCAAGAAGAAGGAGGAUGACGUUGAACAAGGUGAAGAAACUAACUACAAAGAGAAGCAGAAGUACGCUGAUCACAUGAAGGAGAAGGGUGAAGCAGUGAGCGAAUUCGCCAAACGCCGCACGUUACACGAACAACGUCAGUAUCUCCCGGUCUUUGCAGUUAGGCAGGAGCUGCUGACAGUGGUACGAGAGAACAAUGUUGUUGUGGUGGUUGGAGAAACUGGAAGCGGAAAGACAACUCAGUUGGCCCAAUACUUACACGAAGAGGGUUACUCAAAGUAUGGGAUGAUUGGUUGCACGCAACCACGUCGUGUGGCUGCCAUGUCAGUGGCCAAAAGAGUGUCUGAGGAAAUGAACUGCACUUUGGGAGAAGAAGUUGGAUAUGCGAUUCGAUUCGAAGACUGUACCGGCCCCAAAACUGUCAUCAAAUACAUGACUGAUGGGAUCUUGCUUCGUGAGUCCUUACGUGACUCACACCUUGAGACAUACAGUGUUGUAAUCAUGGAUGAAGCACAUGAACGGUCCCUGAACACCGACGUUUUAUUUGGUCUCCUUCGUGAUGUUGUGCGGCACCGUCAGGACAUGAAGCUUAUUGUGACCUCUGCCACAAUGGAUGCAUCCAAGUUUGCCAACUUUUUUGGCAAUGUCCCCAUAUAUAUCAUUCCUGGCCGGACCUUUCCUGUGGAGACCUAUUUCAGCAGGAACCCGGUUGAGGACUAUGUGGAUGCAGCUGUGAAGCAAGUUCUACAGAUCCAUCUUGGUCCGAUGAAAGGUGACAUCUUGGUUUUUAUGCCAGGGCAGGAAGACAUAGAGGUCACAUGCGAUGAAAUCAAGGAGCGGCUGUCGCAGAUUGAUGAAGCACCCACAUUGGCGGUCUUGCCGAUAUAUUCGCAACUACCGAGUGAUUUGCAAGCCAAGAUUUUCCAGAAGGCACCGGAUGGUGUUAGGAAAUGCGUUGUGGCCACAAACAUCGCCGAGACGUCCCUGACAGUAGACGGAAUCAUGUUUGUGGUCGACUCGGGUUAUUCCAAGCUCAAAGUGUUCAACCCACGGAUCGGUAUGGAUGCUCUGCAAAUCUACCCGAUUUCACAGGCCAAUGCAAAUCAGCGGACAGGUCGUGCUGGGCGAACCGGCCCUGGUCAUUGCUACCGUCUCUUUACCGAACGCCAGUACAAAGAAGAACUCUUGGCAAUGACGGUGCCAGAGAUUCAACGGACAAACCUGGCCAACGUUGUCCUCCUAUUGAAGUCCUUGAAGGUGGAAGAUCUGCUUCAGUUCCACUUCAUGGACCCACCACCCGAGGAAAACAUGCUGAAUUCCAUGUACCAGCUGUGGAUCCUGGGAGCCCUGGACAACACCGGUCAGCUGACAAAGCUAGGCGAGAAGAUGGUGGAGUUCCCCCUGGAUCCGUCCCUGUCCAAGAUGCUGAUCGUGAGCGUGGAGAUGGGCUGCAGCGCAGAGAUUCUCAUCAUCGUCUCCAUGCUUUCUGUACCGGCCAUCUUCUUCAGGCCCAAGGGAAGAGAAGACGAUGCUGAUGCCAUGAGGGAAAAAUUCCAGGUCCCAGAAUCGGACCACCUAACCUACCUCAAUGUGUACCAGCAGUGGAAGACCAAUCGAUACUCAUCGUCGUGGUGUGACGAACACUUCCUCCAUUCCAAGGCCAUGCGAAAGGUUCGUGAGGUGCGGGAGCAACUGAAGGAGAUCAUGGAACAGAAUAAGAUGAAAAUAUUGUCGAGUGGCACCGAUUGGGAUGUAGUGCGCAAGUGCAUCUGCUCGGCGUACUUUCACCAAGCGGCACGCCUGAAGGGGAUCGGGGAAUACGUGAACCUACGAACGGGGAUGCCCUGUCACUUGCACCCGACUAGUGCCCUUUUUGGCAUGGGUUACACCCCGGACUAUAUCGUCUAUCACGAACUGGUUAUGACUGCCAAGGAGUACAUGCAGUGUGUGACGGCCGUCGAGGGUCACUGGCUCGCCGAGUUGGGUCCCAUGUUUUUCAGCAUCAAGGAAACCUUGAAGAGCGGACGGAAACGGACACGGGAGAACACCACGUUCAUGGAAGAAGAAAUGGAGCGCGCCACUCGUGAGAUGGAGCGACGCAAGACCGAACAGACAGAGAGAGAAUUGGCAUCUGCAAGAAGUCACCAGGAUAUUGCAACUCCUGGAAGGAUGCAUUUGGCACCGCCGAAGACGCCUGGACGAUUUGGCCUUUGAUUUUGUGACUUCAUCCGUUCGUAAUAUAUGUUAAUUUGUUUA